AUGAAUUCAUUACUUUACGGUCUCGCUGCUUUUUCGCUAUGGCAGACAGGACUAGCUGGUAGUUCUGUGAUGGGCAGCAAUAUUCUAAAGCGUAUUGCUGAUCCGGAAGUUGGAGCUACGGAGCAAGAAAGAGUUGUGAAUAUUCUCGAGCCCAUUUUACCAAGAGAAAUGGGGCUUCAACGAAGAGAUGGACCAUCGGUUGGACUAGCCAACGACACAAGCCUGUUCUGGGGAAAAGCUGGGAAUGCUGAAAAUGUUAUGGUCAACUUAACCCUGGCAACUGGAGAAUCGCAGAUGAUUCUCUCCAUGGACCACUUCAAGGAAGAACUUCAGGAUGUCGACUGCGACGGCUCCUUAGUUCUCACAUUCAAGUCCGAAGCCACAUAUCGGGAUGCCAUCGAUGACUGGGAAUGGGUAAACUUCAACGAGCGUCGUACAUUUGUCAUGAUCGUCAAUUAUGGAGACUGCUCUCCAGAGAGUGGACGACAACCUUGGGUAGUCAGUGCGGCAGCAUAUGAUAACGCAAACUUCAAGGUUCAUUUCACAGCAGUGCAGACGGAAUGGUACGAUCUUGACAAUCCUUUCGAGAUUAAUUGGGGAGCCUAUACCCCGGCUAGCAACUCUGCUCUGGCUGCUCGAUGGAAUCCUUUCGACAUAAUUGACGAUAUCACCAGCCCAAAUUGGAACCCGAAAUUUGAUGUUAACCUUGCUCACUCCAUUCCAUCAACUUUGUGGGAAAAGUCGACAGCAUCUGGAUUAUCUCUUUCCAUCGGCUGUGACUCUUGCGGCACCACUGGAAAAUUGACUGUCGCAGGAAAGCUGAAGGGCUCACUCCUGAAGCUCAAAAUUGAAGAGGCAUACAUCGAGGCUACACCAUCUAAUCUUGGGGCUGAGUUCAACCCUUCCUUCACUGUUUCUGGAGAAUUGAGCUCAGAGUGGAAGAAGAGCUGGGAGAUUGUCAAAGUUCCUCUUUCUACCUUCAGCAUUCCUCUAAUCUUCAGUGUCGGUCCUGAGUUAAGGCUCAGUGCUGGGUUCGAGUUGAGUGCAGUCCAGGGUUCUGCUACAGUCAAGACUGGCAUCUCCGCAAAGAUACCAGACACUGCUAGUGCCAAGGUGGACUUCCAUGGCGGUGAUACUCACGUUAAUGGAUGGAAGCCGGUGAUUACUACCAAGCCUAUCACCCUUGAGGCCCAAGUACAAGGCACUCUUGCAAUUUACACUGCUGUCGGUGUUGAUAUCGGCAUGACUAUUUUCAAAAAGAUUGACAUGGGUGUUGGGCUUGAGCUACAAGUACCAAAGGUCACCAUGAAACUUGGUGCCGAGUUUAACUCUCAAGGACAAGUUUGCCCCAAUCGACCAGAAAUGUUUGGUGUUAAAUUCGAUGCCAGCAUUGGUGUGGAUCUUUCCAUCCAAGCAUGGAAUGGUGACAAAGACAAGCCGUUUUUCAACAAAGAUCUUUGGAAUGAGCCAGCACUUUUCGCAUUCCCUCAAGUGUGCAUUCCAUUUGAGUUCGGCCCCAAGUCACCUAUUCAGAUGACAAAGUCUGUUUCUGUUGUAGCACCCACUCCAGCGCCUACUCCUGAGCCAGUGCCUCAAACCACCACUUCUGAGGAACCAGUUACGACUGAGCCUAGCAAACCCACGACCGUAGAGAAACCUGUCACAACGGAGCCCAGCAAGCCUUCAAGCACCGAAGAUCCUGCCACGACCGAGCCAAGCAAAUUUUCGACUGCUACUGUACCGAAAUCUAAAUCAACCACAAUAUCAUCUGCCGGGACGGCCAGUACCAGUAAAGUAGGAACUUCGACGACCAACGCGUUGCCGUACUCCUCAACCUCAACUGGAACAACCAUCAGCCCCAUCACAAGUGGAAAUGCCACCGUCAGCGCAUCCACUGGUAGCGUGACCGGUAUUACUAUAAGCAAGUCUUCAUCCGCAGCCGGAUCCGCUUCCUUUUCCUACACUUCCACGUCGAUCAAGCCCACGUCUUCUAGCACCGUAAAGACAACUUCUUCAAUCACUGCUGCUACCAGCAAACCAACCAAGCCAACAUACUCGAAUUCGACUGUUACCUUCACUUCGCCGCCUGGUGUAUACACCCCUACUCCGAUCACUGACUACUUCCCUGGGCCCUCUGCCGUCCUCGAAACCCCUGGCGCAGGACAACCGAGUUCCCCUGAAAUUGCAAACAACCCUGGGAGUCCAAAUGCUCCUCCUAUCAAUGCUGGCCAAGGUAGUAAAAACACUGUCCAGGCGGAAGAUACAUACAUUCCAGGCAACCUUCCAGGGAAUGCACCAAGCAAUACUCCUGGCGCUGCAAACACACCUAACAAUGCGGAAGUUGUCGCAGCGAACACACCAGGGAAUACACCUGACAACGUAUAUACGCCUGGCGUCGCAGAAGUAAACACAGCAAACAACGUUGCUUCCAACCCAAGUCCUGCAGAGAAUUACGGACCAGAAAAUGGAGUACCAGUAGCUACCGUCACAUACUAUGGUCCAAAACCUACCACUGGCAUCACGAACGCCGGAGUCGUAAGUCCAGCUCAGCCUGGUCCGGAAAACACAACUCCUAACACCAACCCACCUGUCUCCGCCGAACCAGAAACGUCCAACUCAAAUCCAGCUUCCUCUCCAGAAUCGAAACCAGCCAGCGGGCCGCCAGAAUUCAACCCCGCCUCUCCCCCAUACAACCCUCAUCCACCACCACCACCUCCACCUCCAGCAACCCUGACCACACCCCCAACCUACCCGACUCUCCUUCCCCCUCACGGCAAACCACCCGGGAACUACAACAGUAGCACCAACACCUUCACCUCGCUCCCUAUCUACAAUCUCACUUCUACUGCGUCGCCGCCUGUGCCUACGACCACACUAUCGUAUGGCAGACCUGUGGCAGUGAAGGGGAGGUUGGCGAGGUUUGUCGGGAGUGCGUGA